ACAAAGUGUUUGCUAAUUUCCUCAACGAUUUAGAAAAAGGUUUAACCCCUAAUCCCGAUAUUUUAUGUAACAGCACAAUUAAAUUUCAUUGUUUUGUGGAAUAUGUGAAAAAAAUUUUUGCGGCCGAUUUCAUUGCCACCGGUCAUUAUGCAAAAAUUAUUCAAGAAAACGGAGAACAUUAUUUAAGUAAACCGCAAGACGAAAACAAAGACCAGACCUAUUUUCUAUGUCAAAUUGAUCGUAAUUUGUUAAGCAAAAUAAUUUUCCCUCUGUCCGACUUAACUAAAAAAGAACGAAAAUUUGCCAGUUUUUUGGCUAAUUAUUUUCCCAAAAAAGAGGGUAAAAUAAUUAAUGUUGACAACCGAGAGGUCAUGGACCAACAUUAUGGCGCUUCUUAUUUUACUAUCGGACAACGGCGUAAUUUGGGACUAUCGGGACAAAAAAAGCCUCAUUAUGUGGAAAAAUUGAAAAAAUGUCUCAAUAGUCAGAAAAUAACGGCUAAAUUCCGCUAUCGGCAACCGGAAAUUGCCGCCAAAAUCAUUCCGACAGUUGGUUUUCAGGAAUUAAAAGUAGAAUUUUCUGAAAAACAGAGAGCCAUUACCCCCGGCCA